AUGUCUAGCCUUGUGGAUGCAGUCCUACAGUCCGAGCUGGGCGGCACGGGGUCCAGUGCUCGUGAUAACAUUCGUUCCGACAACCUUCCCAGCUCGCGACGCUCCGAGAGCAAUGGGCCCAUGAGUGACAUGAACGCCUUCCCUGAUGAUCGUGUGGUGGGAGCCAGUACCUCCGCAGUCAAUCGGCUCCGAAACCCAUAUGCCCCCGGCCCAGCCCCUGUCGUCGAUGAAGCAGGUGAACGGGUCCGCGCAGAGUUCGAAGAGCUUCUGGAAACAUUCAUAGAAGACCCCUCCUCGUCAGCGCCACCGUCGUCGGGUGAGGUUCUGAGUGACAAGUACUACAUUGCCCAGAUCAAGGGCUUGAAAAAAUUCGAGCUAUCAACGCUCUAUGUUGACUUCAACCACCUGGCCAAGUGGCACAAUCCCAUUCUGGCCGAUGCGAUUGCAGAGCAGUACUACCGAUUCUUACCAUUUCUCACCAAGGGCCUCCACAAUUUGGUCGCCAAAUACGAGCCUGAAUACUUCGUGUCUCAUCGACUUGCCUCUAGUGCCUCCUCACAACCCAGCACUUCGGUCGCGUCUGCCUACGCCAGCGUAAACGACAACCCAGACUUGGAGCGUCAGAUCCGCGAAAAGACUCGCCACCAACAGACCGAUAAGCUAUUUGCACUUGCGUUCUACAACCUGCCUCUUGUUUCGCGUUUGCGCCAGUUGCGAACGAAGCAGAUCGGUCGGUUGCUCUCUGUGUCCGGAACUGUCACACGGACAUCAGAGAUCCGACCAGAAUUGUCCCUUGGAACAUUCAUCUGUGAGGGCUGUCGAACAGUGGUGCCCAAUGUGGAGCAGACUUUCAAGUACACCGAACCCACAGAAUGCCCCAACGCGGUCUGCGGUAAUCGUUUCGGCUGGCGAUUGGAUAUUGGCAAGAGCACGUUUGUCGACUGGCAGAAAGUGAAGCUGCAGGAAUCGUCCCACGAAAUUCCUACUGGUAGUAUGCCUCGCACGAUGGACAUCAUUCUUCGUGGCGAAAUGGUGGAUCGUGCAAAGGCAGGUGAGCGCUGCAUCUUUACCGGUACCCUUAUUGUGGUUCCCGAUGUCAGUCAACUCGGCUUGCCUGGUGUCCGUCCCGAGGCUGUUCGAGACAAUAGCUCUUUCCGCGGCAGCGAGGUCGGCGGUGGUGGAGUGUCGGGACUGAAAGCCCUCGGUGUUCGUGAUUUGACUUAUCGUUUGGCUUUCCUCGCGUGCAUGGUCACCCCGGAUACCACGACACCCGGUCAGAAGCCCGAGCAGCAGCUCAGUGGACAGGCAAACAACAUCUUGGCAUCCCUGAAUCAAAGCUUGGAUCCGGAUAUGAAUGACGAGAAGGCUCAGGAAGCCUUCUUGAACAGCUUGACCGCGAGUGAGGUCGAGGAUCUGAAGAGGCUCGUUCACUCAGAGUACAUCUACGGCCGCCUGGUCGACUCGAUUGCUCCCAUGAUCUGGGGUCACCGUCAGGUCAAAAAGGGUCUUCUGUUGCAGUUAGUUGGAGGUGUCAGCAAGACUACGCAGCAGGAGAGCCUCCAGCUUCGUGGUGAUAUCAAUUUGUGUAUUGUUGGCGACCCAUCUACCAGUAAGAGUCAAUUCUUGAAAUAUAUUUGCUCCCUACACCCUCGGGCGGUCUACACCAGUGGUAAAGCGUCUUCCGCAGCUGGUUUGACCGCGUCUGUUGUGAAGGAUGCCGAGACUGGUGAAUUCACUAUCGAGGCUGGUGCAUUGAUGCUCGCCAACGGAGGCGGUAUUUGUGCCAUUGAUGAAUUUGACAAGAUGGACAUUGCAGAUCAGGUUGCCAUUCACGAAGCAAUGGAACAGCAGACCAUCUCUAUUGCCAAGGCUGGUAUUCACACAACCUUGAAUGCUCGCGCGUCUAUCCUCGCCGCAGCCAAUCCAAUUGGUGGCCGCUAUAAUCCCAAGGUGACGCUGCGUCAAAAUUUGAACUUCAGCGCACCCAUCAUGAGUCGUUUCGACGUGUUCUUCAUCAUCCGUGAUGAUCCCAAAGAGCAUGUGGACCGCAGACUCGCAGACCACAUCAUCAAUGUUCAUAUGAACCGCGAUGAGGCUGUCCAGCCAGAGCUCAGCACUGAACAGCUGCAGCGCUACAUUCAAUUUGCGCGAACUUUCAAGCCAACUUUCACCGAUGAGGCCAAGGCGCUUCUUGUUCAAAGGUACAAGGAACUGCGUGCCAACGACGCUCAGGGUGGUAUUGGUCGCAGCUCGUACCGCAUCACCGUCCGCCAACUUGAGUCGUUGAUCCGUCUCUCCGAGGCCGUGGCCAAGGUCAACUGCGUGGAGGAGGUCACUCCCAAGUUUGUCAACGAGGCCUACGACUUGCUCAAGCAGAGUAUUGUGACCGUGGAGAAGGAUGAUGUUGAGUUUGACGAGGACGCCCUGCCAACUGACCGAAACGCUGAUGAAGACGAAGAGAUGGCCGAUCGAGAUCGUGACGGUGAUAGCCCGAUGCGGGAUGAGGGCGAGACUGCGGCAGCGCCCGUUGAAAAGUCCGAGCGACCAAAGACCAAGAUCACUUACGAGAAAUACGCCAAGAUUCUCAAUUUCAUCGUCCAACGUAUUCGUGAGGAUGAAAUCCAACAGGGCGAAGGAGUCGAGCAAGAGGAUCUCAUUAUCUGGUAUCUCGAGCAGAUCGAAGCCGAGCUCGAUACCGAGGAGGAUCUCACUCGCGAACGUGAUCUUUGCUCCAAGGUCAUCAAGCGCAUGGUUCGCGAGGGCAUGCUUCUGCGUAUCACGUCCAGCCUGGAAGAGAAUCAAUCUACCCAACAAGAAGGGCAGGAUGACAAGAUUCUGUAUGUCUUGCAUCCGAACGUUGCAUUCGAAGAGUUGUGA